UCCGAUUCAACAGACGAGCUACUGUUGCUCAAAUUGCUGAAGAAGUUAAUGCUUGUUCUGAUAGAAAGGGGUCAGAAUACACAGUGCAGGACGGGUCAGGGCUGUUUUGGACCAACAUAACAUUAAGCAGGUGGUCAUAAUGUUACGCCUGGUUGGUGUAUAAGCGCCAUAAUCACUGUCAGCAGGCUGUAAAAAUGACUUUUAUUUUGAUCCGCAGCACCUGCACCCGGUUUUCAGUAUUGCUCGUGCGUUUGCUGCUGGCUUUGUCCAGUUUUCAUACAAUUGCUGCGGUGACCACUGGAAUAGGAUGGCUACUCGGAAUUCUGUUUAUUUGAUGCAGUAAAAGUACUGUAGGAAUCCCACUGAAGCCAGUUAUGGCUCUCAGACAAAUCCAGGGUUCCAGGGCAGUUCCUGAUGAUCCACAAUGUGUCUCAUCUCUACCAGAGCAGACAGUUAAACACUCCAGAGACAGAGUGGAUCCUGAAGAACCUCAAAGCAGUAACACAGAAAGCCAGUCAAGCACACCAGUCCCAGCCAGCUUCUGUCCCACUGAUGGCUCUGUCUCAGGGGAAGAUUUCGACCAUAGAGAUAGUCCUAUUCAUCAUGACAGCAUGGAGGAAGACUCGCUGUCUGAAUAUGAUAACGUAGGCUCAGAGGAGGAAGAAGAGCAGGACUAUGAGGAAGACGAGGAACUGCACACCGACGCAGAUGGGAUGACUUACUAUGUUCACUGUUGUCCUGAAGAUGAAAGUUAUUUGGAAGGAAUAGACUGUCAUGAGGGUGCUGAAAGCAAUAAUAGACCAAGUACUUCCAAAGAACCGGAUGCUCAAGGAAAUUCAGGAGAUACCUGGGAAUUCUCUGAGGGAUUUUAUGAAGUAAUCCAGCAAGGUACAGAGAAGCUGGUCCAUAAAGGUCCUGAGCCUAUUACAAAGCCUACUUUCAUUCAGGCUCCCAUGGCUGAGGACGAAGAAGAUGAUGAAGAAGAAGAUGCAGAUGAUGUAGAAGAAGAGGAAGAUGACGACGAUGAUGUUGAUGAUGAUGAUGCUGAUGUUGAUGACGAUGCUGUGGAGGAAGAUGAAACGUAUUUUGAUUAUGAACAAGAGGAGGCGAGCGGAAGUCAGGAUGGAAAUGUCUGUAAAGGGCAAUGUGAUUUACGAGAGGGCAGUAAAAACCCACGACAGGGUUCGAAUUACAGUAAAGGAAUGAGUAGAGACUUAAGUAGAGAUUACAGAGUGGAUAAAAGCAUCCCAGAGAAGUGUAAGGGUGAUGCUCAGAGGUCAUUUAUUGGUCAAAGAGAAAGCAAUAAAAAGAGCAAUACUGAAGUUGAUUAUUCAGGAAACUCUGAAGUGGGCAGGGCAGAUAAAAACUCAAAACAAGGGUCUAUAUUCAGAGGGCAUCAGAUUGGUAAAGAGGACAGAGGCAGCAGAAACUGCAGACUUAAUGCUAUAACCAACCCUGAGGAAACUGCAAAUACAGAUUUUAAAAAGAGACUUUCCUACAGAGAUCAUGGAAGAGAAGAAAGAGAAGACCAGUGUUCACUUGUGGCUUGCGACAGUCCUGAAGACAGUAUAGGCAGGGGACAUGGGUGUCCUCAUAGCUAUAGAGCAAAGACUGGGAGGGAUAGGGAGCGGUCGGUGGACACAGACGAGGAUAUGGAUCAGAUUGUGAAUGAUGUGAAAACAAAAAUAAAAGUAGGACCUCAGAGCACGGGGACAGAUCGGAGUAAGUCGUGUGAUGAGAAGAGGAUUCCAGAAAGUUCACAAGUAUCAAUGCUUAGACCACACAGGGAAGAAAACAGAUCCAGUGCCCCUAACACAUCCACAAAGCCUCUUGACCCACAGCUGCAGAAAGACCUGACCAGACCUACUAAAGAAGAUCUACUAAAUAAAGGCCAGGUAACUCAAAGCAGCCCACAGCACUGCACAGUAAAUCCACAGUCUGAAACGAACACCUCGGCAAGCAACCGUAAUCUCCCUCAGCAAGGAAAGAGAAAUCACUCUUUCCCAAGCUUUGUGGAUGUCCCAGGCCCAUGUGAACCAGAGGACCUCAUCGACGGGAUCAUCUUUGCUGCUAACUACCUCGGGUCCACUCAACUUCUCUCGGACAGAAACCCGUCCAAGAGUGUGCGCAUGAUGCAAGCUCAGGAAGCUGUGGACAGAGUAAAGUGUGUGGAUAAAGAGAGCCAGAGCCCGAUCGAGGUUGACCUCUUCAUUUCAACAAAGGCCAUCAAAGUGCUCAAUGCUGACACACAGGAAACGAUGGUAGACAAUGCUCUUCGGACCAUCUCCUACAUUGCAGACAUUGGAAGUGUGGUUGUCUUGAUGGCUCGCAGACGAGUGUCGCAGUCUGCUGCACUCGACUGUAAUGAAACCAGUCUGAACUCUGCAGAGGCCAGGAAGCAGUACCGAAUGAUCUGUUACGUCUUUGAGUCUGAGGAUGCCCAGCUCAUUGCACAGUCCAUUGGUCAGGCGUUUAGCAUGGCCUACCAAGAAUUUCUGAGAGCAAAUGGGAUCAACCCUAAGGACCUCAGCCAGAAAGACUACAGUGAUAUUCUUAAUUCACAAGAGAUGUACAACGAUGAUCUCAUCCACUUCUCGAACUCUGAGAACUGUAAAGAGCUGCACCUGGAAAAGCAGAAAGGGGAGAUUCUUGGGGUUGUGAUAGUAGAGUCUGGCUGGGGGUCUAUCCUGCCCACAGUUAUCCUGGCCUGCAUGCUGAACAGUGGGCCAGCUGCGCGGUCAGGGAAGCUCAACGUGGGUGAUCAGAUAAUGGCUGUCAAUGACACAAGUCUGGUGGGAUUGCCCCUGGCCACAUGCCAGGGCAUCAUUAAGGGCUUGAAGAAUCAGUUACAGGUAAAGCUGAGUGUAGUAAGCUGCCCUCCUGUGACCAUGGUGCUAAUAAAGAGACCAGAUCUGCAGUACCCUUUAGGCUUCAGCGUACAGAAUGGCAUAAUCUGUAGCCUGAUGCGAGGAGGAAUAGCAGAACGUGGAGGAGUGCGUGUGGGGCAUCGAAUAAUCGAGAUUAAUGCACAGAGUGUAGUUGCCAUGGCGCAUGAGAAAAUUGUCCAUGCCCUAUCGGUGUCUGUCGGAGAGAUUCAUAUGAAGACUAUGCCAGCUGUGAUGUUCAGACUGCUUACUGGACAAGAAACCCCAAUGUACAUCUAAUGGCAAUGCUCUGGAAGCUCUGUAAUGCUCGGUGCAACUCCAUACACUUAAAAAAAAAAGAUCUAGAAUAAGGAUUUCUUUGGCUUGUCACCAAGAAGGACCUCCUAAAGGUUUUACCAGAGUGUUUCCCUACCCUUCCAAGUAGAAAGCGUAAAAAAUCCUCCGAAAACCUUUCUUCCUUCCGAGUGUAGAUUUAACCCCUAAUCUGUUCUGUGAACACAGCAUCAUUGUUGUGCAUUCUGCUAAUAUACUAAUUCAACAUCUAGUACAUUCAAUUAGAGAAACUGACAUCAGGCCUAAUCCUUAUUUGAUCAUGCUCUCCAGUGCAUUUACAGUGUGUAUGCUUCGUCAUAAAAAGAGAACACGAAAGGCAAACUAUUUUUAAUUCUCAUGUUGGGAGAAAGUUGAAAUGUUAAGGUUAAGGUUUAACACUGACAUAAAAUGCAAGAUAUCUCAGAAUAAAUUAGGCUUGCAGAGCUCAAAAGGCCAAGGUAGUUGAAUGAAUCUUCUGAAUGAUAGUCUCCUCCUCUUGUUUUUUAACCUCGGGGAAAUACAAUGCAUGACUGUGUUCCGUCCAGGUGAGCUGUAGCUUAUAGAAUGUCGGCUCUGUCAGACCUAGUAAACAAAUACAGCUCUAGUCAUAUGAAGUCUCCCCUGACGGUUCUAGUUCCUCUGCUUGCUCUGCCUUGCAUGGUUAUCUUUUUUUAAUAUAUUGGGAUUUAUUUUUAAUGCUGUACAGAGUAGACUUGUUUCUCAGCUGACUUUUAUUUACUAAGACUAGAUAUCUAUGCAGAUUCAUCAGCUGAUCCGGGAAUGAUGCUAUCUGUGCUCAUAUUUAUCCAUUAAUGUUUCAUUCAUUUUCAGUCAUUUGUGGAGGAUCGCCUGACUUCCAAAGAAGAGAUGUUUUACAUACCGAUUAGAAUAGAUUUUAACACCCAUCAUAUGACACAUUGGGCUGAUUUAAAUCACAUCAUAUGUUAUGUUGUAUUUGAAUCUGUGCCUUUGAACCUCCGCCUUCACCCAAAAUGCUUUUUUUUGGCUACCAGUUUAUGAAACUGGUCUUUUGAGAUGUUUUAAUAUAAUACAAUGCAAAAAAAAAAAUGUUUCGCCACUUUGGGUUUACUUAGCCUUGGAAGAGCCUGUUAAAGGUUUUUUCUCUCCGCUGGGUGGUCAAAAGAAAGAAAGUGGACGAAUGUGCAAUUCUGCAGGUUGAUUGACUUGAGCAGUGUAAACAUUGUUAUAAAUUUGUUUUCAUAUCUAACAACAGAAUAAUAUUUUCUUUAAGGAAAAACAUCCAUAUAUCUAUGUGGAAUUAUAUAUAUACACACUACCAGUCAAAAGUUUGAUGUUUAUUACGAAAUACACAAUAAUGUUGUUUGAACAGUUGAUAUUGAGAUAUGUCUGCUACUGAUGCUCUGUAAAGCCUUCAUAACGCCUCUAAUCUGAGGUGCUGUUAAUUGGUGAUUUCUGAGGCUGGUAACUCUAAAUGAACUUCUCCUCUGCAGCAGAGGUAAAUUUUAGUCUUGCUUUACUGGGAUGGUCUUCAUGUGAGCCAGUUUCAUCAUGGUGCUUGAUGGGUUUUGCAAAUGCACUUGACAAUACUGUUCUUGCAAGAACUAUUCCAGAACACCUGACCUUCGUGUCUUAAAAUAACAACUGACUGUUUUUUGUUGUCAUUACAUAUGGAUUACUUAAGUCCAUGUGUGUUAUUUCAUAGUUUUGAAAUCUCCAGUAUUGUGCUAGAACGUAGAAAAGAAAUCCCUAAACAAAAAACAUUGAAUUAAAAGGUGUGUCCAAACUUUUGACUGGUAGUGUAUAUAAUACAGUGGGUAUACACUGAUCAGGCAUAACAUUAUGACCACCUGACCUGUCAGGCACUGUGUAUUCUGACACCUUUCUAUCAGAACCAGCAUUAACUUCUUCAACAAUUUGAGCAACAGUAGCUCGUCUGUUGGAUCGGCCUUGACUGCCCAUGACCCUGUCGCCGGUUCACCGCUGUUCCUUCCUUGGACCACUUUUGAUAGAUACUGACCACUGCAGACCGGGAACACCCCACAAGAGCUGCAGUUUUGGAGAUGCUCUGAUCCAGUGGUCUAGCCAUCACAAUUUGGCCCUUCGUCAAACUCGCUCAAAUCCUUACACUUGUACAUUUUUCCUGCUUCUAACACAUCAACUUUGAGGACAAAAUGUUGACUUUCUGCCUAAUAUAUCCCACCCACUAACAGGUGCCAUGAUGAGGAGAUCAUCAGUCUUAUUCACUUCACCUCUCACUGCUCAUAAUGUUAUACCUGAUCAGUGUAUACACGAUGUGCUUUACUCUCUGGAGUUAUCUGUUCCAGCAACCUAUGCCAGGUGACUGAACUAGAAAACAUAAAACAAACAUAAGGAAUAUGGAGAACUGGCAUUAUUGUCCACCAUCAGAGUGGGUUUUGUGCAUUAUUAAUUUAAUUGCUCUGAAAACAAUGUUUUUCAUAUAUAUUUAUUUUUUUCUCAACUUAAAUGUAUAUACAUAUUUACACAUAUAUGUACGUAUGUGAGAUUACAACAGAAAAAAAAUGUUUACAUUUGUGUUUACAGCAACCCCCAGCUUAAAAAAAAAAAUCUUCAUUCUGAAGGAUGUGUGAUUUUCAAGUAUUGGAAAUAAUGGCCUUGCUGGCUUCAAGCUGGUUUCUCAAAGCUUCUGUGGACACAUGCAUCAUUUUUAUUCAUCAGUGUUAAGACAAUGACUUUUCUUAAUAUUUAAGCAUCAUAUGAAGGUUCAUAUUAGUUCCAAUGACAAAGGUAUUUGAUAAGGAUAUGUAGACUUACAGUUAAAGAGGAGAUCUGCUGUGGUUCUUGGUUCAUUCUUUUUAUAGUCACGCCUUCUAAGCUCACUCCAUCUAGGAAGCUGGUGUUGAUGUAACCCUCUGAUAUUGAAUACAUGUCAUUAUCAUCAUCCUCAUCCACCCCGACACUGAAAGCUUCCCUCAUCUUCUCUGGGAUCAGGCAAUCCAGCAGAAUCAC